GCGGUGACACAACAGAAGCGGAGGAAGCUCCAGCAGAGGCAACAAGGGUUGCAGCAACUGGAAGACCCCAGCCCACACCAGGAAAGCGUGGAGAAAGCAAGGAUGUGGCGGCUGGCAGCAGUGCCGCAGGGAGGGGUCCUGGAAGGGCAGCACGGGAAGCUUGGAGGAAGGGUAUGA